GUAGGCUGGAGGGGACGGAGCCGAGGCGAAUCUGUUCAGAUUAAAAGCAGCGCUGUCGGUCACAAAGUGUGUUAUCCAAGUGGAUAGUUCACAUCAUAACAGGCUAAUUCGUUGUAGCCGAUUAUUUUAGUGACCUGCUUUGUGAACUGCGUUGUGUUUUUAAGCGUUUAUUUUUCCAUUCACUGAAGCGGACAAUUUUCGUAACGAUGUCUUCGGAUGAAGACAGAGCGAAGGAGAUCCUGAAGGGCUUUAAACUAAACUGGAUGAACCUGAGGGAUGCAGAAACGGGGAAGGUUCUCUGGCAGGGUACUGAAGAUCUCUCCAUCCCUGGUGUGGAACAUGAAGCUCGGGUUCCCAAGAAGAUCUUAAAGUGUAAAGCUGUUUCCAGAGAGCUCAAUUUCUCCUCGUCAGAAAAAUUGGAAAAAUUCCGUCUGGAGCAAAAGGUUCUCUUCAAAGGCCAGUGUCUAGAAGAGUGGUUCUUUGAAUUUGGCUUUGUGAUACCCAAUUCUACCAACACAUGGCAGUCUUUGAUAGAGGCAGCACCAGAGUCAGAGAUGAUGCCUGCUAAUGUGUUAACUGGAAAUGUUGUUAUAGAGACAAAGUUCUACGAUGAUGAUCUUCAUGUCAGCACCUCCCGGGUACGACUUUUCUACGUCUGAGGUGUGAAGCCUCUUCUUUUUUUAUUCUGUCGUUCAGUAGGAUACACACAUGCCUGCACAUUUUUAUGGCCAGAGGAGACUCUGCAUAAUGAGCAUUUCUGUGGCACCAUGACAGCGGCACUAAAGGGAACAACUUGAGCAAAUCAAAUUUCAGGUCAAACGGUCACUCCAAUCUAAUGGCAGAUAAAGACUUGUAUAUAACAGCAAUGAUGCCCAUCACAACCUGACCAUGUAAAUUAUUUCAUUUGUACAUUUUUUUUCCUUCCUAUCUUUUACCAGGUUUCAUCCUGCAUUGUACACUGUUUCCUUGUCUUAUGUUUUUAAACACUUGCUCCUGGUUUUUGUGGUUGCUGAAAUCCUGUUUUUUGUUUGUCGUUUUUGAUUUCUUUUUUAGCAAAACUGUAAGAUAGACAGUGUUUAAAUAUAUUAUGUAAUUAUGAAUUAAAAUGUUGAUAUCCUUGA